GGCCUGUCCUGGCCGCGCGGUGCAUUGUGGGAGCGGCGCUAAGAUGGCGGCGGCCGCCGCUGGGCUGAGCUGGAGGCGGGUGUCUUCCUUCACGGGGCCGGUGCCGCGCUCCCGUCACGGGCACCGCGCGGUCGCUAUCCGCGAGCUGGUCAUCAUCUUCGGAGGCGGCAACGAGGGCAUCGCCGACGAGCUGCACGUCUACAACACGGCUACAAAUCAGUGGUUCCUUCCUGCAGUAAGGGGAGAUAUUCCUCCAGGCUGUGCAGCGCAUGGAUUUGUUUGUGAUGGUACCAGAAUACUAGUCUUUGGAGGAAUGGUUGAAUAUGGAAGAUACAGCAACGAUUUAUAUGAAUUACAGGCAAGCCGAUGGCUCUGGAAGAAAGUAAAACCUCAAGCUCCUUCCACUGGAUCACCGCCUUGUCCUCGUCUUGGCCACAGCUUUUCUUUAUAUGGUAACAAGUGCUACUUAUUUGGUGGCCUGGCAAAUGAAAGUGAGGAUUCAAAUAAUAAUGUUCCCAGAUAUUUAAAUGAUUUCUAUGAGCUGGAGCUGCAGCAUGGAUCUGGAGUUGUUGGCUGGAGUAUUCCUGUGACAAAAGGGAUCUUGCCAUCUCCCCGAGAAUCACACACGGCCAUUGUAUACUGCAGAAAAGAUUUGGGAGUUCCAAAGAUGUAUAUUUUUGGAGGGAUGUGUGGCUGUCGGCUUAACGAUCUCUGGGAACUUGACAUAGAAACCAUGACCUGGUCAAGACCAGAAACUAAAGGGACAGUACCACUUCCUCGCAGUCUCCAUACGGCCAAUGUAAUAGGAAACAAAAUGUAUAUUUUUGGUGGAUGGGUUCCACAGUCAGCAGGAGGUGAAAUUUCUACUCAUGAUGGUGAAUGGAAAUGUACCGGUUCAUUUGCUUAUCUUAAUUUGGAUACCACAGAAUGGAUAGGCCUGAUCUCAGAUUGCCAGGAAGACAAAAGUAACUUGUUACCAGGGCCAAGAGCAGGACACUGUGCUGUAGCAGUUGGCACUCGUCUGUAUAUCUGGAGUGGUAGAGAUGGUUACAGAAAAGCUUGGAACAAUCAAGUUUGCUGCAAAGAUCUUUGGUACCUUGAUACUGAGAAGCCUCCAGCGCCUUCACAAGUACAGCUGAUUAGAGCUACAACCAACUCUUUCCAAGUGAAGUGGGAUGAAGUACCUACUGUUGAAGGAUAUCUUCUUCAAUUACAUGCUGACUCACCAGUGCCCACAGCAGCUGGAACGCCUGGCACUGGGGUUCCUGAGACAUCAGUGCUGAGUUCACAAGGUGGCUCUUCUCUACAUCAAAGUCCACAAUCAUUGCCUAGUGUCCCUUGCCCAGAAAUGAAGGUGGAUCAUCCCAGCCAAGCAAAUAAUGUCAUUCCUAAUAACGUCCAAGUUUCCCUUUCAUCCAACUCACUGUUAAAAACAGAAGGAAAAGAAAAGGCUGCAGCACCUGAAAACAAGAUCACACAGGAGGCUAUGAAAAACCAUGCAGAUGCAACAGGAUUCAAAGAAUCAAAUGCCCCUUCUCUUUUGCCUGUUUGUACUUCAAGUCCUCAGACUUCAGCAAAUGUAGGUGAAUUACAUGACUUGGACAAACGAACUGUAAUUCCUGAUGCUUCUGUAUCCAGUACUGUCUCCAGCACACAAACUAUGGUAACCCAGCAGGCUGUUAAAACUGAAUCAUCAAGUACAAAUGGGGCAGUUGUUAAAGAUGAAACUUCACUAACAACAUUCAAUUCAAAAUCUGAAGCUGCUGAAACUGCUUAUUUCAUGCCUUCAACAAAGGUCAAUACCGGACAGGCAAAUGAUUCACAUUCCUCUAAAGCUCCACAAAGGCAGAUGGCAGCGGUGAAAUCAAGGGACCGACAGUGGUAUGAUGUUGGAAUUUUUAAGAACAGCAGUGCUGUGGUGAGCCAGUUCUACUUGCUGCCAGAGGAAACACUGAAUGCCUCUAACAAGAUGGAAGAUGCAGAUGUACCAGACUACAGGCUACUUAAGAAGCAGGAUCUUUUUCCAGGCACGGUGUACAGGUUCAGAGUUGCUGCAAUUAAUGGCUGUGGUGUUGGCCCUUUCAGUAAAGUGAGUGAAUUCAAGACAUGCAUUCCAGGUUUUCCUGGAGCUCCUUCAACAGUCAAAAUCACCAAGAGUGUAGACUGUAUUCAUCUUUCUUGGGAGCCCCCUGCUUCACCUUCUGGCAAUAUUUUAGAAUAUUCUGCCUACUUAGCAAUACGUUCCACACAAUUGCAGGAAAACCCAAAUCAGCUUGUAUUCAUGAGAAUAUACUGCGGUCUCAAGACAUCUUGUGUAGUGACUGCUGCCCAGCUGUCAAAUGCUCACGUCGAUUACACUUCCCGGCCUGCUAUAGUGUUCAGGAUUUCUGCAAAAAAUGAGAGAGGCUACGGACCAGCCACACAAGUUCGAUGGCUUCAAGGUAACGUCGGUGUCAGGCGCAGUGUUUGAAUGGGUCGUAGCUGUUGGCUCUAGAACCAACACUUUGCCCAGCACUGUGCUUUGCACAGCAAUGAAAUAUCAUUUUGUUCUUCGUAGAUGUUCUAAGAAAGCGUGGUUGUUCAAUUUAGCAUUGCAUUAAACAAAAUGAUGCUCCUUCAGAAGCAGAUGCAAACAAGCAGUGAAUGUUGGUUGUGGAACCUUACCUCGUCCCUCAAGUAAUAAAAUCCUAGUAAGCUUCUGAUUUCCCCGGGCUUCACUUCAGCUUAAAAAAAAAUUCAUUUUAACAAGUAAUCCAGUUCCAUGCAUGCAUGUAAUCCAGUUGGUUUUUUUUCAACCUUUUUCCCUUACGUAUCAGAAUAUGUCACUUUACAAAAAAAUAAGGUGCAUUUUUGUGAUUGAUACACUUUUUGAAGUCCGUAGGACAGUUAUUCACAACAGGAUUUAUCAUCUCAUUUCUGCACUUGAAUUUGUACAGGUUUAUGAUCAGUUGGGGAUGGGAAUGGACCGACUGGAAAUUAAGCCUCAUUUUCAGACUGGUCAGUUUGCUGAUGUCCAUCUGUGCAGCAGCAUAAAUGCUAGCACCAGCACAAAGGCACAAGUGACUGCUGAGAGAGGGACUGUGCCUUCUAGUGGCAGCGUAUAAUCCAGAAGCACAGGCUGGGUUAAAGUGAUUUUUCAGUCCCAGCUUCCGUUUUGUCAUCUAGGCGGUUUCUGGUGCCAUCAAUUGGUUGUAUUUUUUUUUUUUCAGUUUUGGAAAAUAACCUUUUGCUUUCUGCCUUGGCUUUCAGCUAGCUGCGAGCUGACUCAGCUCAGCGAGAGGUGCUGUGAGCAUGGAGGAGGGUUAGGAAGGGCAGAGCCAGGGGGAGCUGCCCACUCCCUUGGUUUGCACUGAGCUGCUGCUUGGGUGUAGCUGUCCUACUAGUCCAGGUGCUGUGAUAGCUGACAGUGUGCUCUUGGGUACCUUGCUGUUUGUUUGGAACAUGGAAUUUCUGAGAUGGAGAGCAACUUUGUCUUCAGUAACGUUUAGAAUUCCAAUGCUUUGUUAACCCUUUAUGUGGCAAGGGUUUGGCCUACGGUCUGUAUCCCACAACUGUGCAGCAGUUGUUUUGAUAGUGUUUGAGCAGGCAGGCUAUGUGAAAUUACGAAAUGUUUAACCGUGUCUCCUUCUUUUUUCAGAUAUGAAAACAUCAAGCUCAAAGUAGAAACAGCGUAACGCAUUUCAAGUUUCGAAUGUAGUGUUUAAUGUAACUCUUGUACUAUUUGUAAAUGCUACAAAUAUUUUAUUUUUGCAUUGUUUUUAUCUUAAAAGUAUAUAACCUUUUUUACGUUUGAAACAUCGGUGUUAUAUAGCCUUGCUCAGGUCUGAGUACCAGAUAGGAACUAUAGUGAAGAUGCUGGGGUGGAGGACCAUACUCUACCCGGCAGCUCUUUUUCAUAGUGAGAGUUAAAAUGUCGUAAGUAUAUCACUUUUCAAAUAAAACAAAAGUAAAUUGACGGUAGUAUUUGAGGUACAGUUCCCCAUGAUUGCCACAGAUCUUGCGUAGAUAAUUCACGAAGAUUUGGUGUGUGAGAGAAUUCUGUUUGGUUUCAAUUUCUGACACCAAAUUCUUCGUCGUGGUGUCGGAGAGCAAGGCAAAAUUUUCCAGUUAUUAUAUAGUAACUUAAAACAUAAAUAUUUUAAUAUAUACUUUUUUUAAAAAAAAAAAAAAAAAAAAAAAAAGACAAAAGCAAAAAUGAUUUUUUUACUAUUUUUUACGAUUUUCCUUAUUCUGAAAGAUAUCCCCUGAAAAUUUAAAAGGAAAAAGGUAAACUUCGUCAUUUCUCUUACUGCAGAAAAAAAAAAAGAAGUGUAAAUUCAUUGUAAAUGCACUACUAAUAUUUAGAGUGGUCCUUUUGUAGUUGUACAAAUCUUCAACUUGUAAAUACCAAUGUUUACAAGAGACCUUUCUGGUCUUGUAUUAAAACUUCCACAAGGUUCAUUCUCUUUAUUUUUUUUUCUUUAAAUCCAUAUGCUUUGCUUUUAGCAUAUGCUUGCUUUUUGCACUAAUAAUAACUUACCUCAUUCCUGUGUUUGUAAUCACUUGUGUUGCUUCCAUCGUGUUUCUGUACAACUUCAAUCUGAAAAUUUUAACCAAAGUUUAGAAUACACGGUAAGCAAUUUUGCACAUACUGUAUGGCAACUAUCAACAUAUUUAUUCCAGUUAUUCUUAAGUGCUUGUUUGCUUUACCAGUAUAUUCUACCAAUCAAGUUCCGUAUCUCCCUUUUACUAUGCAUCAUUUUACAUUAACUAGCUAGCUGAUAAGUUCAACAAGCAUUACUUCUAGGAAUAGGUUGAUCCAUUCCUACGCUAAAUGGAAAAAAAAAAAAAUGUGUUCACAGUAGUGAAAUAAAGGUAAACAUUUUAAAUGCUAUUUAUGUAUCUCUAUAUAAACCUAUGUUUACCAAAGUGUAGAGGAAAAUGGCUGAGUCGGACAAGGUCAUUAGGUGAAUAGAUGGAGGCACCUAAAUAAGAUUUAUUUUGAAAUAAAAUCUAAAUUACUUUUCUGUGCAAUGAAGUUUAUACUUUGCACUUUAAUUUUGCCCUGAAUGCCAAAAUACUACACAUCAAGGUAGGAUUGCUUGCCUCUGCCAGCUAAAUUUGUCUUAAGAGCAUUUGUAAAUAAAUAAAUGGAAAAAAAAAAAAAAUGAUGUGCCUGGUUAGGUGGGAGAAGUAUCGCUGAGAUGUGAGAGAUGAAACAGCUCACAUAUCCCAGAGCAGAUUUUAUAGCCAAGUUUGAGCUACCCUGCAAGUCGGGGUUGUAGCGGAAGUGCUGAUACAGCCUUAAUUAUUGCAACACAUCACACGCUAUGAUAGCGUACAAAAAGUGCUGGGGACCAUAAAUUGCUAUAAUAGCGUUAAUUGUGGCACAGGAGUAACGCGUGGUCUUACUCCGGAGAAAAAUCUUGUGGUUAUGACAAUGAGAGAUAACCCAGACUCACUUUAAACAGUGUUUAUAGUAUGAAUGUAUAGGAUUUUUCCGGACGUUAACUGGCUUUAAAAUACUUGUGUUUUAACGAUCCAUUUCAUCAGGUAUGAUCUCACCGCCAAUACUUCUGGUCAUGGAAACUUUACUGUACAUGAGCUGUUAACUAGAGAAAAUAUAACUUGGUUUUCCUUAUUAGUACUGUGAAAGAAGCCUUUAGAGAAAACACUUGUGGCUUUGGUUUUGUUGGUUGAUAGCUGUGAUCGUAGAGUUGUUAUUUAAGAAUAAAAUCUGUUGGGUUAUGUCUGGGUGGAGUUUUUUUGCACUUGGUUUCACAUGCUUUGCACAAUUUGUUUUUCAGUGGGUGUGUCACAACUACCAAAGGGUAAAACUGUGGCGUUUUCAAUGAAAGUAUGAUUUCCUUGUAAGUGUGCUUUCUCCAGCUGACUUGACACUGAGAUGUCACUUUCUCUUCUUUGUCCAAGUUGGGUGAUGUUGAAUAGUGAUCACAUGCAAAUCUUCAGUUCCUUACGGUUUUACUUUCAAAUGCAAUUGUGGUACAUGCUGUAAAAUACACUUUGUGGUCUGUUUUUAGGAUUGUAUUUCUAACACGUCUAAAUCCCACCUGUUUGCCUAUCGACUAGAUACCGGACAAAUACCGAUUGUUCAGUUUUAAAUUGAGCAACGCUCUUGACGCCGACUCCUUGGGGAUCCGUGUUAUCCAUUUAUUUCACGAGUCACUAAACAACGUGCAACAAGCUGAAAUCUGUCGGGUGACAGUGUCCGUGUUGUAGGGGUGUCUAGGUUUCCUCAACUCGUGAGGGAAGUUGUGCCACAUACGGCAGACGCCGCUACAACUUCGCCGCCGGAAUGUUCUUGUGAAAGUGGGAAUAAAGUGAACGAUAACCUACACUUUGUGUUUUCAAAGUAAUUAUAGCAAUAUCUUUUGAAUGUAGUUUGGAGUAGAGCACACGAUCAUGCCAUAAACUCUGAAUAUAAAAUAAGUAUUACUGUUGUUAUCUGAUAUUUCAGGAUAGCGAAUUUGACGUGAACUUAGUCUUACAGCCUGUUACUUAAUGACCUCUGCAAGGAAACUGACAUUUUGUACAAUUAAAGGUGAUCAGUCUUAUUUCGAAGCGUCGUUUGUUCUUUGUAAUAAAGUGGUUGUCCUAUCAAAUGCAUUGUAAA